ACCAAAAAUCAAAAGGUUUGCCUGUUCUCUCUUCUGCGCGCUGGACAAGGAAAAGACUCAUCAAAGAUUCAAGGGGGGUUUUAACUUUUAAUCUCUCUCUCUCUCUCUCUCUCUCAUUCCCAUGUUAAAUUAGAGGAAACCACUUCAAUUUUCCUACCUUUUGAAGCAGAAUCGUACUUGUUCUUGGUUGGAAUCAAGAAAAACAUAAGAAUAGCGAAGCUCAUUUUUGCUUCCAGAUCUAAUAUUGCAGCACAAACGCACACGCAUAUGUACAUGUAUACUUUUUUUUCUUUUUCUUUUUGCAUUUGUCCAUUGUCGUUGGAAGAGUGGUAGAUAGUGUGUGAGAAUCAGUAGGUAGUAGGACUAUCGACAUUAGGAUGCUUGGUGGAGGUCUCAAGUGUUGAUCGCGGCGUUACUGAAGUUUCUGAUCUCUCUCUGAUUGAAGCUGUUCAGAAAUGGCUGCUUUAAUCAGCUUAGGGAUAGGUUCUCUUGUUUGGGUAGAAGAUCCCGAUGUAGCCUGGAUAGAUGGGGAAGUUGUGGAGGUCAAUGGUCAAGAAGUUAAAGUUCUUACUACGUCAGGGAAGACGGUUGUUGUCAAGUCUACCAAUGUUUACCCUAAAGAUGCGGAGGCCCCGCCAUGUGGAGUGGAUGAUAUGACAAGAUUGGCUUAUUUACACGAACCAGGAGUUCUAUACAAUCUAAGGAGUAGAUAUGAUAUCAAUGAAAUAUAUACUUACACAGGAAAUAUAUUAAUAGCCGUGAACCCUUUUACAAGGUUACCUCAUCUGUAUGAUAACCAUAUGAUGCAACAGUAUAAAGGUGCUGCAUUUGGGGAGCUCAGCCCUCACCCUUUUGCUGUUGCAGAUGCUGCAUACAGACUAAUGAUGAAUGAUGGAAUAAAUCAGUCAAUUUUAGUUAGUGGUGAGAGUGGGGCAGGUAAAACAGAAAGUACUAAGCAGCUGAUGAGGUAUCUUGCAUACAUGGGAGGUCGAGCGGCAGCUGAGGGCAGGACGGUUGAGCAGCAAGUUCUGGAGUCUAAUCCUGUUCUGGAAGCAUUUGGUAAUGCAAAGACUGUGAGAAACAAUAAUUCGAGUCGUUUCGGUAAGUUCGUGGAGAUUCAGUUUGAUGACAAGGGAAGGAUCUCAGGGGCUGCUGUUAGAACUUAUUUGCUGGAAAGAUCCCGUGUUUGUCAAGUGUCUGAUCCUGAGCGAAAUUACCAUUGUUUCUACAUGCUCUGUGCUGCACCACAAGAGGUAUGA